GUGACUCUAUACAAGUAUAGAUCCCAAGAGCUGGCAUUGACGGGUUUUGGACCAUUUUUAAAAAUUGCAUCUCCCUUAACUUCCAGUGUCCCAGACGUUCACAGCUUUUGUCUAUCCCGCCAUCGCACUCUUACUGACCCAUCGCAAGGCAAAGUCCAACCUCUUUGUUUCCCGAAAUGGCGCAUACUUCCCACGCUGAUCCAAUCGCCAUCAAUCACACGCUUCCUGGCGCAUCUCCAGAUCGCGUCGCCUGCCCGCGUCAAGCCCAUCCUCCUUGCUCCAAACCACCAUGUCCGAAUCCAAGUUCAACAAGGCCGUCGAGAUCAUCGGCUCGCUCCCCAAGGAGGGCCCCAUCAAGCCCACCCAGGACGACCAGCUCUACUUCUACAAGUACUUCAAGCAGGCUAAGGUCGGAGACAACACGACGACGCGCCCGGGCAUGCUUGACUUCACUGGCAAGGCCAAGUGGGACGCGUGGACCGAGGUCAAGGGCACGUCGAAAGAGGACGCUCAGGACAAGUACGUCAAGAAGCUCAUCGAGAUCCUCGAGCGCGCCGGCGACGAGCAGUCGAAGAAGUACAUCGCGGAGCUCGAGGCGGCUUGAUCGCUUGCAUCGUCAAACAACUGAACGCUGUAACAAGAAGUUCAGCAAUGAAUGUACAAUGUGUAAAUGUUCCGCGGCCUGCUGAGAAGAAUUGUUCUCUUGGUGAGGAUUCCCUUGGUUGCGCCCCAGCGACGUGGCCGUGUUCUACCUGUGAGUGUGUAGAUUCACUUUCUGAGACUAGGCAGCAGGAGACAGAAGAGGUGCUAACCUCGACCUACCACUUAAAUCCAACUUCUUGCUUCCCUUUUGAUUUGAAUCCCUUGCUUGGCCUCC